CCUCCUCCAAACCCCACACUCGUUUUUUAUCCGACGUGGUGAGGUGCGUUACGGGCGCGCCGGGCGGUGUUCCUCCUCCUCCACCUCCUCCUCCUUCUUCUUCUACCACUCCACCUCUUGUCCCACAUAUCAGUGAACUGUUUCCACACUGCGCGCAAAGAGAGAGGAGAAACCCCGAGGCGUAUAGGAACAGGGAAGGAGAAGAGAAAAAAAGAGAGAGAAAGGAGCAGAAGAGAGGAGAGAAGUCACCGUGCCGUCGCUGAAUCCUCCACCGGGAAAGAUGCUCCGAAUAGCCGGCGUGUUGGCUCUGCUGGCUCUGGGUCUGAGCGCUUCCCACAGCAAAGUGAAUAAACACAAGCCGUGGAUUGAGACGUCGUACCAUGGGGUGAUCACCGAGAACACUGACGUCGUUCUGCUCGAUCCUCCGCUGGUGGCCCUGGACAAAGACGCUCCCGUCCCCUACGCAGGGGAGAUCUGUGCGUUCAACAUCCACGGGCUGGAGGCCCCGUUCGAGGCCGUGGUGCUGAACGGUACAUCCGGAGAGGGCCAGCUGAGGGCCCGGGGCCUGGUGGACUGCGAGCUGCAGAAGGAGUACACCUUCAUCAUCCAGGCCCAUGACUGUGGCUCCGGCCCCGGGGGCACGGAGGUCAAGAAGUCCCACAAGGCGGUGGUGCACAUUCAGGUGAACGAUGUGAAUGAGUUUGCCCCGGUGUUUCGGGAGCUGCAGUACCGAGCCGCAGUGACGGAGGGCAAGAUUUACGACAGCAUCCUGCAGGUGGAGGCCACGGACCAGGACUGCUCCCCGCAGUACAGCCAGAUCUGUAACUACCAGAUCUCCACCACAAACACACCCUUCGCUAUAGAUCGCAACGGUAACAUCCGGAACACAGAGAAGCUGAGCUUUGACCGGCAGCAGCAGUACGAGAUCCAGGUGACGGCGUGGGACUGCGGCCAGAAGAGAGCCCUGCACAGCGUCCCGGUCCGCAUCGACGUCAAGCCUGUCUGCAAACCCGGCUGGCAAGAUUGGAGUAAGCGAGUGGACUACGAGCCAGGAACAGGAAGUAAGCAGCUGUUUCCUAAAAUGCACCUGGAGACGUGUGGCGGUCCGCUUUCGUCGGUGAGGACCACAGUGGAGCUGCAGACCAACCACAUCGGGAAAGGCUGCGACCGCGAGACCUACUCUGAGAAGUCUCUGCAGAAACUCUGUGGGGCCUCGUCGGGCAGCACCGACCUUCUGCCGGCCCCCAGCGCCGCCACCAACUGGACAGCCUCCUUGGUGACUGACAGCGGCAGGGACAGCGACCUGAUUUUCAGGUUUGACGGUCAUCAGGCCGCUAAGAUCCCCGACUGGGUGGUUCCGCAGAAUCUGACAGACCAGUUCACCAUCGCGACCUGGAUGAAGCACGGACCCAGUCCCGGGCUCAGAGCGGAGAAGGAGACUCUGCUGUGCAACUCCGACAAGACUGAGAUGAACCGUCAUCACUACUCGCUGUAUGUCCAUAACUGCCGCCUGGUGUUCCUGCUGAGGAGAGACUUCACUCAGGUGGACACGUUCAGACCGGCCGAGUUCCACUGGAAACUGGAGCAGAUCUGUGACAAGGAGUGGCAUUACUACGUCAUCAACGUGGAGUUCCCGGUGGUGACGCUCUACGUGGACGGAGUGACCUACGACCCUUACCUGGUGACGGACGACUGGCCCAUCCACCCGUCACAGAUCGACGUGCAGCUCACAGUCGGCGCCUGCUGGCAAGGUGGUGAGGUGACGAAGCCGUGGUUCACUCAGUACUUCCGGGGCAGCCUAUCCGGACUCACCAUCCGACCGGGGAAGAUCGAGAGUCAGAAAGUCAUUUCCUGUCUGCAGGCGUGCAAAGAGGGGCUGGACAUCAACUCCCUGGAGAGUCUGGAUAAAAACAUAAAGUUCCACUUCAACCCGGCUCAGUCCAUCUUGGUAAUGGAGGGAGAGGACUUGGAAAACAUGAACACCGCUGUGAGGAAAGUUGCCUACAUAAACUCUCGUCAGUUUCCCACACCAGGCAUCCGGCGCCUGCACCUCUCCACCACCGUCCAGUGCUUCGGUGAAGACACUUGCAUCAGCAUCCUGGACAUCGAUGUGGUGGUGAUGGUGCUGCAGCCCAGCGAGCCCAGGAUCACCAUCACCGGCGUGGAGAGACUGAACCGACCGGCCUCCGACCUCCGAGCACCGGGAGGAAUCGCCCUGUUCGAAGACCUCCACAUCAUCAGCACCGUCACCAGGGCCGACGCCGCUGCACAGCACACAGCACAUCGACCGGGGGUGCAGGAGGAGAUCAUUCAUAACUUGGACUACUGCGAUGUGCUGGUGCUGGGGGAGGAGCUGAGGCCGGAGCAGGAGUCCCUCCAACUGCAGCGCAGCGCUCUGCUCGGAAAACACCUGGACGCCACCAACUCCACCUCUGGCAUGUCCAUAUAUGGUGUGGACUCCAUGUCCAACUACGAGCAGGUGAUCCGACAGGUGCGCUACUACAACUGGCAGCCCGGUCAGCUAACAGAGAGACGGUUUCGCCUCACCUGCUCGGAGCUCAACGGACGCUACACCAGCAACGAGUUCAACCUGGAGGUGAGCCUGCUGCACAGUUCAGAAGCAGGGGAGCACGUCAAUCACAUGGUAGCCCCGCCUCAGUACAUGCAGGUGGUGCACCAUCCGUCCAUGGUGCAGGACCUGUACCCCAGCCACAGCUCAGCCAUGCCGAGUGCUGCCACCGUGGUGAUCGUGAUGUGUAUCGCCGCUCUGGUGGUGGCGGUGGUGUUCGGCAUCUACCGCAUCCACCUGACCCACCAGCAGGAGGUGAAGCUGGCCGAGACGGCUAAGGAGGCGGACGGGAGCUGGGACGACUCGGCUCUGACCAUCACCGUCAACCCCAUGGAGAACCUGAAGGAGCCCCAGGCUGCAGAGGAGGAGGCCAGCGAGGAGGAAGAGGACGAGGAGGAAGAGGACGAUGAUGAGGAGGAAGAGGAUGACAUCACCAGCGCUGAGUCAGACGACAGCGAGGAGGAAGUGGACGUCCAGCUACCCAGGGUGCAACGCUCGAGCAAGACGGGCCGAAACUGGGACAAAACAACGAUAUCUUAUUGAGACACACACACUCACAGUCAC